CAACGUGUGCACAGGAGCGGACCGCGCUCGUCCGAGGGUUUGAUUCCGAGGGAAGAGAACCGGAAAGUUAUUAAGAGUGGGGAUGCAUCUGUGACAAGACUUCCACGAAGUGUUUUGGACUUAUUCAGAGCGAUUGCAUUGAAGUGGAUAAUAAUAAUAAUAAUAAUAAUAAUAAUAUUAAUAAUAAUAUCACGGGAGUGCGUGUCUGUGAAGGAGUCAGCGUUUAUUCCACGCAACACAGCGGAACCACCAAGGAGCAACUAUGAUCGUGCUUUAUCUCAUCUUUUGCCUUGUGACCACAGUCGCCACCCGAGCAGCCUACUUCUCCCAGCAGCCUCAGGACCAGGUGGUGGUGUCUGGGCAGUCCGUGACUCUACCAUGCGUCAUUGUGGGCUACCAGGGCAUGGUACAGUGGACCAAAGAUGGACUAGCGUUGGGUGGAGAAAGAGACCUACCAGGCUGGACGCGCUACUCCUUAAUGGGCGACCCGCAAUCAGGCGAGCACAGCUUGCUGAUCGAUUCGGCAGAGCUGGCAGAUGAUGCCGUGUACGAAUGUCAGGCGACACAGGCGGGCCUGCGCUCCCAUCGUGCCAAGCUCACUGUACAAGUCCCGCCAUCAGACCCCAUAGUGGAGGGGGGUCCCGUCGUGCGCCUCAAAGCCCACUCGCCAUACAACCUCACCUGCAGAUCCUCCGGCGCCAAACCUGCCGCUGAGAUCACUUGGUACAGAGAUGGAGAAGUAAUGGACACGGCCAUUUAUUCCAAGACGCUCAUGGAGGAUGCGAAGAGGGAGGCGGCUGUCAGUAUGCUUCCCAUCAUCCCGGAGGACAGCGACUCCGGCCGCACCUACACCUGCAGGGUUCUUAACCCAGCUGCCCCUGCUGGAAGGCAGACAUCCGUCACUAUCAAUGUCCAACACCCUCCUUCGGUCGUUUUGUCAGUGCAGCCUCAAACAGUGGCCGAGGGCGCCAAAGUGCUUUUCAUAUGCACCGCAUCGGCCAAUCCCGAAAUCACCGGCUACAGGUGGUCUAAAGGAGGCGUCCCCAUCUCGGAGGCAAACGGGGACAGCCUCGAGGUCACGGUGGACUACUCGUACUUCACAGAUCCGGUUUCCUGCGAGGUGUCCAACUCCGUCGGCAGCACCAAUGUCAGCACGCUGGUUGAUGUUCAAUUUGGUCCCAGAUUGCUGUCAGGGCCCAAGCCGAUGACCGUGGAUAUUGGCAUGGAUGCUGCGUUCACGUGCACAUGGACUGGAAACCCUCCUUUGACCCUUGCCUGGACCAAGCAGGGCUCAAGCGAGGUGCUCAGCAACAGUAACACCUUACAGUUGAAAGCUGUAACUCAGGCGGAUGCUGGGAUUUACACCUGCAAGGCCAUCGUCCCCAGGAUCGGAGUUGCGGAAAGAGAUGCCACUCUGACCGUAAAUGGCCCGCCUAUCAUCACAGCAGAGGCCACACAGCACGCAGUCAAGCACUCCAAGGGCAAGCUGGAGUGCCGGGUGGGGAGCAGCCCCCCGCCUUAUAAGAUUGUAUGGUCCUUUGGAGACAUCAGCCUCUCCUCCGGUUCCUCUGGUCGAUACUCGGUGCAGACGGUAACCGGUGACCAAGGAGUCGUGUCUUCUCUGGUGCUGUCCGAGACCCUGGCGCCGGAUUUUGAUCUGCGCUACAACUGUACUGCUUGGAACAACUUUGGAACCGGCACUGCUAUGGUCAACCUGAAGGAGCAAGAGGCCCCGCCUAUGUUGUUAAUUGUGGGUGGAUCCGUGGGCGGAGGCAGCGUCUUGCUCAUCUGUGUCAUCACACUCGUCUCCAUCUGCUGCAGGCACACAGGCAAAGGUGAGCUCAACGGCAAAAGGUGCACUCGCCUCUCCAAGAGCGAUAUCAGAGUCCAAAUAGUUCACAGCGAUCACAACGCCACGCGUGGAAACGACGACGAGGAGGAUGUGAAAGAACCGAUGGUAAAAGCGUCACUGCUAGCAAAAAACAUCACAUGGCGAUGUUUUUGUUCUUAUUCAAAGCGAGGUCUUGUUCGCCGUGUUAAUUCAUCAAAAUAUGCGCGGUCUUCCCUUCAGGCGCCGAACAGCAGCGAGUCUCCCGGGACGUCUCGUACAGAACACAGUGACCUCUUGGAAGAGGAGGAUGAUGAGAGAUCGGACAUCAAGGACCCCACCAACGGCUACUACAACGUACGAGGCCACGAAGACCGCCACAUCCGCAGUAGCGGCUUCUCCGAGUACGUCCCCAACCCCAGACCGGUCUACACGCCAUCGCAGCUGCCGUCCCCGAGCCCCAUGUACGGCCAACACGGCACCCAGCCGCGGAUUUACGACUUCGCCCACCGAUACGCGACCAACACGGUCAGCCAGUCGGCGUACGAGCAACAGCAACAAGCCGUCCAGCAGCAACCCACUCAACCGGCCACCAUUUACCCCACCGACCCGCUCUACAGCGGCACCGCUUACCUGCCGGCGACCUACGGCCGCGCCUUCACCAGUUACGUCAAGCCCGCUUCCUACGAGAAAGUGGACGCCUACGACCAAUCGGAUCAAGGCAGCAAAGUGUCCGGUUCCUCCCGUUUCUCUUACGCCUCGUCACAAGUGUCCUCGUCGCAGCAGUCGGACUACGGGCGACCAUCGCAACGUAUGCAGACGCACGUUUGAUUCCACAAGCGUUGUCGGCGAAUCAAAAAACAAAAACGCAAAAGCGAUGAGUAUUUAACAACGUUUUGGCAGGACUAACAGACUUUCUUCACUUUGGACAAUGGAAAGUCAUUCCCGGAAGUCAUUCCCGAACUGAUUCGGGAUCAGCCGAUUGUGAUGUUCGAGUCAAAAACCAUCUCCAUGGUUAAGCGAUACUUAACGAUAUCUCCGCAUGAUUGACGGCACAAUGUGGAGAUAUCCGCUUGGCGGACUACAACAGAUGACUGCGUUUACAUGUUUACUUCCUGUUUUGGCGACCGAACAUCAGCAUAAAAAAAACAAUUCCAAUACGUUUUUUUCUGCUGUUUUUUGGUUGGCAUGCGAAAGGAAUUCUUAAGCACAUUUGUGUGUCAAUUAUCGAUUAUUAUCGCCUGAGUAACAAACUUAUCUGCACAACAGUGGAAUACUCGAACCUAAAAACUGGAUAUUCACCUCGGAAGGAAUUUGACAAGAGGCGGGGCCAUGAAAACCCAAAGACGGUGAAGGUACUGCAUUCCUUGCCCUGGUACUACUUUGUUUUUUUUACAGUUUUUUGUAACUGUGGUUGGAGGAAGAAAAUAGGCUAUUACCAGAACAAUCAACAUGGCGGCAAUCUCAAACUAAACUUGAAUGCAACGGUCCUUUCUGUGGAUGUUUUUUUAUAAGUCAAUCAAAUGGUCUUAAAAUGUUUACAAGACGCAGUACUCUGAAAAUAUCUGUACAAAAAAACGUCCGAGCCCAUGUUUUCUCUCUGUUGCAUGCAAUCAAUGUGUCUAGUGAGAAAAAAAAAAAAAUUCCGCAUUUAAAAAAAAAAAGUCAUGUCCAUUUCAUGUUUGAGACGUUGGUUUCUGCACCCAGGCCCGAUUGCAUUCUACUUUUGUGGAUGUACUGCCAUUUACUGCUUGUUACCGGGCAGAAAUAGAAAAGAAAAACAGGAAAUAGUAAGGAGGCAAAACAUCAUCGCUUUGUCUUUAUUUUUAUAUUUUAUAUAAGCCUUAAUGUACAGCGUGUAAGCUGCUCUAUUGUAAAGUAUCUUUAUAUAAUAUGUAUGUGUCUUGGUUGAUUUUUUUUUUUUUUUUUUUGGUGGGGGGGUCACAAGUUUUCUUGCUUUGUUUAUCAAUCAUUUAAUGCUAUGUUUUUUUUUUCUUGGCUCACAACUAAUUGCCAUUUACUUCUUUUAAUAAUUUUGCCGAAAUGAGCUACCAUCGCUUGUAUCUUUGUACACAUAUUUAUAUUUAAAUAAAAGCAUUUCCGAUAACAACGCAUUUUUUUUGUGUGAAUUCUGAGCAGCUCCAAA